AUGGUGGACGAGCUGUUAGCGAGCACGUGGGAGCCAACAGACCCGACUUUCGACACAAGGAGCUGUCUCACCUCGUUCAGCCAGCACACGUCAUCGCUCAACGCUCUCCAAAGUGUAUUGGCUGCGUCGAUUGAGCGUCUCGUCCAGCACCGCAAAGUGGUGUCUAACCGUAUUGCAGAACUGGAACAGGACAGUCGACGAGUGAGCAGCAAGUUCCACGAGGGACUCCUCAAGCCGGAUAUGCUGCUUAAUGAUAUUUGUGCUCAGAUGGAAGACUUGGAGGAGAGAUUUACUAAAGUGAGUUCUUCGGCCGUGACGAUUGGAGAUAAACUGUCGACGUUGGAUACGGAGCGGUCCCGAGUAUUGGAGACGGACGAGGUGAUGGAGGCGCUAUUGGCUCUGAACGACCCCAGUAGCAAGUUGACCAAGUCAAGUAACAAACUUUUCAAUACACUACACGACCCCAACCAGCUGCAUGAAGCUUCGCGGAUUAUCAAGAAGAUGAGUGCGUUUUCCUCCGAGUUGUCGUCUUCUGCCAUGGCGUAUGCGGUGGCAGAGAUCGAGCGACUGAGUCAGACGACGGAGAAUAAUUUGCUGACAGAGUUCAGCCACGAACAGGAGAAAGAAAACUUGACGGGGAUGCGGCGAUGUGCCGAGUCGUUAAUCGAGUACAACGACAAGGAGAAGGUGGCGGAUCGAUACGUGUGGAACGUCAUGUGCGAUCAACUAGCAACAGCUGCUGGGGAGCCUGUCACGUCGUCACUGGAUCCGAUUGAGGAUCUGGACGCGCUCUUCUCCAAGAUCCUGACCAUCUGUACGGACCAAUUUCCAGUGAUCGACAGCGUCUUCCCUGCUGUAGCCUGCGCCUCCAUCCGCGAGCUGCUAGUGGAGCGUUUGUUCAACGACCCAGCGUUUGGGGUUUUAUCCUUCUUGGACCAAUUUCUCAAAACCCGUCGGUACACUGAAUCGCCCCCAGACUUUGAAAGUGCAUCCUCUUCCACGUCGUCUUCACCGAACCGAGACUACGUGCGACUGUUGUGUUCAUCGUACGAGAGAGCGUGUGUCUUGGUGGCUGAGAUCGAAGAUAUCGACCAGUCAAAAGCAAACAAGCCAGACGCUGUAUCAAACCAAGACUCGAGUACCAGAAUCCACACGUUUCUCAAUCUCCAGCUCCAUUCUCUGUUUGGCAACCAUCGAGACAAGUAUCUACAGGCAGAGCUGGACUUGUUGCAAGACCAAUUCAAGGACAUCAUAGCCUCAGUAUCGUUUCCCCAGCCGCCCGUACUUUCCCGAAGCAAAGGAGGCGUAUCCCAAACCAAAACUGUGGCUACAACAACUGUCACGAUUACAUCCUCGUCGUCUCCAUCGGCGUCCUCCAUUCAGUUGGUGUCUUCAGCCUCCACGACGUCGAUAUCGUCGUCCAAUCUCGAGAAAGAUAUAUCCCAAUUGGAGUCGUCGCUUGUAUUCUUCGAGACUCUCCAAGCGCUGGCGGAAGACGAAGAUGUAGCCAUCAAGUAUGGGGAAGUGCUGAACGAGACAAUUGAUCGCUGCGACAUUGUCUUGAAAAGCUCCGAGCUACGUGGAGAGCUCAUCACCAAGGCGUUCACGUCUUUCGUGGCCUCAUUUGGAGACGAGUAUUUGGGGAUGCGCUUUACUCAAUUCCUCGACGACCAAUUCGAAGCUUCCAUUACGCCGUUGCAGGAGGAUUUGCCUACCGAGCUCACAAUCUGCCAAGAGAGCAAGCAGAAAUGUCUCAACAAGCUCGAAAGCGCUAUCGGAUCCGGACUCCAGCAAGUGUUGACUGUGCUGGAGAAGGCGAUUGGCCAGAUCCUGACCGCCCACCAGAACAAAGGAGACUUCCUCGGCAGUCAAGCCAGCAUGUCGCUCUCGUCCUCCAAGGCCUGUCAGAAGUGCACUGAGUAUUUGCAGCCACUCGUGACUGUCCUCUGUCGCGUCCUGAUCGAGGAGAACUGCGAUCAUUUCCUUGUAGCUCUUACGAAGUCAUUCAAAGAUCUGUAUCUGCAGCAUCUGAGGAAAUUCCGCUUUGACCCCGACGGCGCCUGCAUGCUACUGCGCGACGUGAGCGAAUAUCGUCAAGCACUCCGCUCUCCGUCCGUGCCAGCAGCAGUCAACGACCUCUUCGACCUCUUGCAUGAGGUUGCUAAUGUGUUUGCUCUGCCACCGGAGAAUCUGGGCGGAUUCGUUCGGGAAGGCAAGCUGGCCACGUUGGACACACAGACGCUGCACCAUAUCGUGAAGCGACGUUGGGACUACAAGGCGAAUGCAGACAAGAUAGCUGCGUCGUUGAAAGACGCGAGAGCCGCAAUGGACGGGAAAUCGACCUAG